GACCAAUCACAGAGCUCUUGUCACUCGGCUCAUUCAGUCAGUCCAGCAGCAGUUUUGUGGAGUUUUGUGGAGUUUUGUGGAGUUUUGUGGAGUUUUGUGCACUUUCUGAGCUGUAACUUGCACAUUUUGAUCAGUUGGUGUUGUAUUUAGUAAGUUCGUUGAGUCUGGUGCGACCAACUUCUCAAAAUGACCACACGUUUGCGCCCGAGUAAUAAAAGAUGCCUGGUCAUUGGAGGGUCUGGGUUCCUGGGCCGACACCUGGUGGAGAAGCUGCUGGAUCGGGGGUAUUCAGUCUCUGUAUUUGACAUCUGCCAAAAUGACGAGCUUCCCAGUGUCACCUUUCACCAGGGCGACCUCUGUGACAAACAAGCUCUGCUGUCAGCUCUGAAGGACGUAUCCUUGGUUUUUCACUGCGCAUCUCCUGCACCUGCCAGUGACAACCGCGAGCUGUUUGAGAGAGUCAACAUUCAGGGCACGAGCACCGUCAUUCAGGCCUGUAAAGAAGCUGGGGUUCAGAAAAUGGUUUUGACGAGCAGCGCCAGUGUGGUGUUUGAAGGCAAAGAUAUUAAGAACGGAAAAGAGAGUCUGCCCUAUGCCAAGAAGCCCAUCGACUACUACACACAGACCAAGAUCAUGCAAGAGAAGCUGGUUCUUGAAGCGUGCGACAGAGAAAGUGGUUUUCUAACAGUUGCCAUUCGACCUCAUGGCAUCUUUGGCCCACGAGACCCGCAGUUGGUUCCUAUAUUAGUGGACACGGCCCGUAGAGGGAAAAUGAAAUUUAUUAUUGGUGACGGGACAAAUCUAGUGGACUUCACUUUUGUAGAGAAUGUGGUUCAUGGACACGUCCUGGCAGCCGAGCGUCUCAAGGCAGAUUCCUCUGUUUGUGGAAAGGCUUAUCAUAUCACCAACGAUGAGCCCAUCCGCUUCUGGGACUUCAUGUCAGAGAUCCUGGUGGGUCUGGGGUACCCUGCUCCUCGUUACCACCUCCCGUACCUGUUUGUUUAUGGUCUGGCUCUCCUGCUGUGGAUGUUGGCUCUGCUCCUUCGUCCUCUGAUCUCCUUCAAACCCACUUUUACCCCAAUGAGAGUGGCUCUAGCUGGAACACAUCACUACUACAGCUGUGACCGGGCCAAAGACGACAUGGGCUACACGCCUGUGGUCAGUUUGAAAGAGGGAAUAAAACGCACUGUGGAGAGUUACCCUCACCUCAGACGAGGAGCCUGACUGUGAAAAACACAAGUAACACUUUACCAUCUUUAUAACAGAUACAACAUUCACUCAGAUGGAACAAGUUGCUGCUGAUGAUCAGUGUCUAGGAAUUAUUUGCACGUUUUUGCCACUUGGUGGCAGCAGAGUGCUGUGAUUUAUUAAAACUGGUGCUGUUGAAGUUGUUCACCUGCCACUGUGUGUGCAGCACACACCUGUUAAGAGUCCUGCAUUCAGAUUAAAUGUGUUUUUUUUGUACAAACUCUCAGGACUGUGAGUAGAAUGUUACACACUGACCACACUGAAGAUGAACCAUGAUGACCCCUGACCUCUGCCCCCACCCAUGGCUUCACCUUUAGUUAAAUAAUUACCUCAUAAUUCUUCUUGAUAUUUUAGUUAUAAUAGAUUUUAUUUUUAAAUUGCACAAACUCAAAGACACUUUAAUGACAAAAUCAUUGGAUCAGGGACUAAAGCAAAAGUACAAAAAUACUUUUCCUGUAAUCUUAUCAAGAUAGUGUUGAGUGUUUUAAUGCAGCUGUCAGUCGAUAUGACAUGGGAGGGGCAGUACAAACAUUCCAUUUGCCUUUUCUGCUGUCACCAGUGAUUUAAGACCAGUAUAAAAUCCCAUAUUUAGGACAUUCUCUCCUCUGUCCUGCACUGUCACUGUCUACACUGCAUUUAGAACAUUUAUUUUUUUCUCUUUUAAGGAGAAACUUAACUCUAGGUCUCAUUUUGUGACAAGAAGGUGGGGGUGAAGUGGAGAUACUUAACAUUCCCUUUAAUUCUGCUGUGUCUAAAUGAUUCACUGCUGCAGUGAGACAGGGCGAGCUGUCGGACUGGUUCUGGCGCAGGGAGCAAAGGACUCAGCAGACGACUGUGUACUCACCACACUGAAACUCUCACUCACACUUUCAUCUUUUCUCUCUCUGACAGAUAUUGUGAAAUCUGUUCACACCCUUUCACAUUUAUAAAUGUGCCCAGCGUGCGUUCAAUUGUCUUUGCUCGAGUGGUAAACUGAUCCCAGAGGUGGAACGUAAUCAGACACUCGAGUAGUUUUGUACAUUCUAAGAAAAAAAAAAGAAAAGUUUGAGUAAAUACAAAGUCUGAAUCAGCACUAGCACAACACAGAACAUAAAUAUAAUCCUGCUGUAAAUGGAAUAAACACUAAAAGUACUUC